AUGUUAAGAACUAAUAAGCUGACAAAAAGCUCCGUUAUUGCAAGCGAGGCGGACAAAGUAAAUGAAGACCUCACCGCGGCACAAAAUUUGGUCUCUGGUGGUCAUCCUCAUGCGGGCUUACCUACCCCCCCUCAAACACCCACUUCGAAGGCACCCAUGAGUCCUACGUCUGUGCCAUGCAAAAUACCUUUACUGAGGGCGAUCUCGAGUCCUACAUCUGCAUCACGCAAGACACCUGGACCGAAGGAGACCAAGAGCCCUACUAAACCAAAGGCGUCGACUACUUGCAAAAAAAAGAUGCGUGCGGCACCCGCAACUGUGCCGCCCAAGACAGGGAGUUCGAAAACAAUCAAAAGUCUGAAAUUGCCCAGGCAGCGGUCAAAAAAACAUCGACAUGGUGUCAACAAAAAAGGGCCCAAGCACGACGCUCCGAACCUGCCCGCGCAUUUUCUACUUCCUCCGAGCUCGCCGCUGGUGCGUUCAUCUAGUCCAGAUCCGGGGUAUACUUCACCUAGUACUAUGUCUAUGUUUGUGUAUACUAUUUUGCUCAUUAUACGUUUCUCUGACAAAAGUUCAAGGCCAUCACGUCGUCCUGUGUUGAUGACUCAGUUGUUAUUCACCAUGGAGAAAGUUCACGAACUCUAUGCAGAUUUUAGGACGCUUUGUGGUAACUCUCGUCGAAAGAUCUUUGAACCUCUUUACCAGGAGUUCAUGCGCUUGGAGGAAUUCGACUCGAUCGAUAAAAUCGAAGUAAAGAUCAAACUUUUGUUGUCCCAGAUGGAAAUUCGCAGGCAACAGAUUGUUUCUAUCGCCAAGCCGAACGAAGAAGGUGCAGUUAAUGAGGUGAUUGCUUAUGUGGCAGAAAUGGAUGCGUGGAAAGAGGACAUCGAGGACUUUAUGCAUUGGGCAUUCAUGGGCCGGGAUGACUUGCAACACCAACUCUUUUCGGCGAGUGGCCGGCUUCGACAUCUCCUCUCUAGGUGA